GAGCAGAGAGAGGCUGGAGAUAUUGGUGGCGAGAUCACUGGAGCUGAAGAGGAGGCAGAGAGCAGCACUGAGGGUUGCCCUGGCAGCUGACCAUGGCGGUGAAGCAGCAGACCCCUUACCUGCACCUGGCUGAGCUCACAGCAUCCCAGUUCCUGGACAUCUGGAAACAUUACGAUUCUGAUGGAAAUGGCUACAUUGAAGGCAAGGAACUGGAAAACUUCUUCCAGGAGCUGGAAAGUGCUAGAAAGGGGGCUGGAGUGGACUCCAAGAACGGUAACUUUGCAGAGAAGAUGAAGGAGUUCAUGCAGAAGUAUGACAAGAAUGCAGAUGGCAGAAUUGAAAUGGCAGAGCUGGCUCAGAUCCUGCCCACAGAGGAGAACUUCCUGUUGUGUUUCAGACAGCAUGUUGGCUCCAGCUCUGAAUUCAUGGAGGCCUGGCGGAAAUAUGACACAGACCGCAGUGGGUAUAUAGAAGCCAAUGAACUCAAGGGGUUCCUGUCAGACCUGUUAAAGAAAGCGAACAAGCCCUACGAUGAGACAAAGCUGCAAGAAUAUACACAGACCAUACUGCGGAUGUUCGAUAUGAAUGGGGACGGGAAGCUGGGCCUGUCGGAGAUGUCCCGACUCUUACCUGUGCAGGAGAACUUCCUACUUAAAUUUCAGGGAAUGAAACUAGCCACCGAGGAAUUCAACGCUAUCUUUGCAUUUUAUGACAAGGAUGGGAGUGGCUUCAUUGAUGAGAAUGAGCUGGAUGCCCUUUUGAAAGACCUCUAUGAGAAGAACAAGAAGGAAAUGAACAUCCAGCAGCUCACCAACUACAGAAAGAGCAUCAUGAACCUCUCCGACGGGGGGAAGCUAUACCGCAAGGAACUGGAAAUUGUACUCUGCAACGAGCCCCCCAUGUAAAGAGGCACCACCCCCACUCCUCCAACACCUCCCCCACCCUGCCACCUUCCACAAAGAUGACUAGAGAGGGCAAGUGUGAGCAGGGAGAGCAACUGGGUGGGUCCCUGACCAAACAACUCCAACCCCCCUCCCCCCACUAGGCCUGCUGAUCUGCUUGUGACCCAGGUCACAGAAUCUUUGCCAGCAGUAGCGAGAGGGGCAGUGAUGCAUGACCCCAUCCACCAAUGGCUCUGUGAUUUAGGCUAAGUAUUCAGUAGGGUGAUAGUCCAGUUCUCUUCCUGGGUACAGCCUGUGUCUCUUGCGUUGGCAUAGUUUGUUUCCUGUGCAUUCCUGAAUCUGGAGUGAAUAAUUUUUCUCUGUCUCUUUUUUUUUGUUUUGUUUUGUUCUUUUCAAGGUCUGUCUUAUUGUUUACCAAAGAACAGUUUACAAAUAAACUUAAGAACUGCUA